CCCCUCCCAUUCUAUCUUCCGUGAUUUUACGUGCGAACAGGUUCAAACUUGUCGAGAAGAACCUAUGUCCAUUGGGGGUACCUUUGUGUCUGGAGAGGGGAGGGCGUGUGCAAAGUGCAGGAGCAAAUGGGCGUUGGCUUCCAACUACACUCCGUAAUUAAUUGCAUAGUUUCUUGCUUGGCGAGUGGAUAUUGCAUCAAAGUGACAGUGGCCACGGGAUACGGGGAGCACCUUAACCAUGGAUCGCCUUAACCGGAACAUGAGCUGCUUGAGUAUACCAUCAGAUGUAAGUGAAGACCUCCAAAGCUGUUCACAAAGCAGUGGAAGCAGUGAUAGCAGUUCUCGCAGUAUUGUGUUCAAACGUAGUAAUUCUGACAGCAGCGCAGUGUUACAACCUGCAUAUUAUUCAAAGUACAAGAAUGAAUUCAUUGAGACAGGUAAAAGGGAGGAGGGCGGAUUUGGCUGUGUUGAGCAGGUUAUCAAUAAAACAGAUAAGAUGCCCUAUGCAAUCAAACGCAUACCGCUCAAAUCUUCAUCUGUAGAGGAUGAAAAGAGUCAAUGUCUUAUUCAAGAGGCAAAAUUCUUGGCAUCCCUGGAACAUAGAAAUAUAGUACGGUAUUACGCUUCUUGGACAGAAAAAUGGAACAAUGAAUAUUCAUCUAAUGAUGAGAAUUCAUCCCAAGACAAAACUGAGGAUGAUUCAGACAGUUGCUCCAGAGAUAAAACUCAAAAAUUAUGUUUUGAUCGUUUGUAUCUAUUCAUACAAAUGGAAUUUUGUACUAAAACUUUGAGAGAGGUAAUUGAGUCUGCUGGUAGUGAAGUGAACCCCAGGGUUUUGGAUAAUCCUGAGCAAGUGGCUGCAUAUUUCUUCCAAAUAUUACAAGGAUUAAAGUUUCUCCAUGAGAAACACAAUCUGUGUCAUAGAGAUCUGAACCCUAAUAAUAUACUUCUUGAUGCUGAGGGAAGAAUUAAAAUUGGAGACUUUGGCCUCGCGAGGUUGAUUGAGAACUGUCCUGCCUUGGAUGAGAGCCCUCUUUCAAGUGUGGGAACUGAAUUGUACAGAGCUCCAGAAAUACAAUCUAAAAAAUAUGACCAUCGUGUCGACCUGUAUAGUUGUGGAGUUAUUUUAUUUGAAAUGUCAUACCACAUGAAGACAGGCACGGAGCGUUUGAAAGUUCUAAAAAACAUUAGAACACCUGACAUUGUGUUUCCUGAUGCCUUUUUGGAAAACACUGAGGACUGGCAGAAGGAAAUUACUGAGUACCUUUUGCAACAUGAUCCUGAUGAAAGACCUACCUUAGAUUACAUUAUAUGUCGACUGUCAGAUAACUAUCCCCUGCAAUGCUCCAAUAUAAAGGAAGAAAUGACCCGAGCACUUUCAAACCCUGACAGCAAUUCUUACAAGCAAGUUAUGGAUGAGUUCUUUUCCCAGGGAAGCAAAAGGAGUGAAUGUAUGAGCUAUGAGACACCCAAACCCAAUCUCCAUGAAGGUACUUCUUCCCGUUCCCUCAUAGAAUAUAUAGAGAGUGUAUUUUGCAAGCAUGGUGCUUGUCAUCUCCGGACACCAUUACUCACUCCAUGUGACCUGGAUAGUAACAAAUCUGAAACAGUUGUAAAAUUAGUCACAAGUGAUGGAUUUGCAGUGAACCUUCCGCACAAUGCUAGAGUAGAUUUUUCUAGAUACAUUGUUUGGCAUGAAAUACCCCUUAUCACUAGAUAUGACACUCUUCAGACCUAUAAAAAAGAGUAUUGUAGUAGCUCUCAUCCAAGACCUGAAUAUGAGUGUGUUUUUGAUCUUGUACACACCCUUUCCACCCAUUCAGAUAUAAAAGAGGCUGAUGCACAAGUUCUCUCAGUAUUAAUUUCUCUUUUUAAGGGUAUCAUUCAGAAAGAAAAUACCACCAACUUCAUUGCUAUUAGCCACAGAGAUGUGGUCAAAUUUAUACUUCUCUCUGUAGGUGUCAAAGAGCAAUAUGUUUCAAUCGCUCUUGAACAAGUGGGAAAAAAUGGAUUUGAGGGUUUGAAAUUGGACUCUAGUCAAAUUAUAGGAAGAUGCUUAGAUGAAGAAAAACUGUUUAGAAUUUUAAGCUGGUCAGGCAAAUUGGACGAUAUGAAACAGCUGCUUGAUGAAAUUCUGCCUAAGUAUAAGGUUCAGACAGAGAAAACGAUUAAAUAUCUGCAUGAUAUUUGGCUUUACAACAGGGAUGUUAUAUCAAAUCCGAUGGAAAAUGUGAGCAUUAGCUUGAAGUGGUGCUGCAAUGUUCACUAUUAUUCAGGGGUGCUUUUCACUGCAGUGCGUCUUGAAGACAAGAAAAAAGAUAUAAUAAUUGCUGACGGUGGACGUUAUGAUGACAUAUUGCACUCCUAUAGAGCACUAUUUGCAAGAAGGAAACUAGGUGUCGAAAGGACUGUACAGAAUGGUUGUGGAAUUUCGGUGUACAUUACCAAGGUGCUCGAACUUCAGGCAUCAGACUUUUGGCCACCGCAACUUGUUGUUCUUACAUGCAUUAAGAAUAGAAAUUUAGAGAAAACCUUGUAUGAGUUGGCCAAGUGUUUGCGCCUGAUGAGUCUAAACUGCAGGGUGGAGCACUAUGCAGAGCCUUCUGCCAUUGAAGCCUACAAAAAAGAUGAAAACGUCUUGUGUGUCGUUGAACUUCUACCCUCAAUGAUGUUUAAUUUAACACACAAGUUUACAUCACUGCAGACACUGGAAGAUGGAGGACAACACAUAUCCUUUGGUGUAUUCUAUAAUGCUGAUCCACCAACCUUGAAGUUGUCUAAAUUCAGAGUUCUGAAAUUGUUCCAAACAGAUAUGAAUAUGUUAAAAAUGAAUUCAUUGUUAGUUAGUGCUCAAAUGAUAUUGUAAAGCAACUGAAUCUAUUUCGGAUCAGGUCCGAAUUUGGAUCAGUUGUAUGUUACUUAGUGAGAGAGCUACGAUCAACGCACCACCAAAGUACUUUUGUACCCUCGAAGAGGAGGCUUUUCUUAGUGUUGUGUUGAGACGUCCUUAUUUUGAAUCAAAAUCACAUCUUUCCUCUUUUUGACACAGCUCCUAAAAUAUUAUCCUUGCUAAAACAUGUAGAAAAGUUUCAAAAAAAAAUAAAAUGACAAAAAAAAAACAA